CGCACAUGGUUUAUUGUGGCGCAUGAAUUAAUGGUGCUUUGAAGAUAACUCUGUUAUGUUAUAAAACUGACAAAAAAUGUUGCAUAUUUUCGCGGUGCAAUGACUCUGCGGCGAUUCGCUUAGUCAGAAGUGGGCACGAUCAAAUGUAGAUGCCGGUUCGUGCAACAACAUUGUUUUGUGUUCUUUGAAACGAGGGUGUGACAGUUGAUAUGCAUUCCAAUCGAGCACAUAUUUCUUUUCCUCUCGAAAUGAAAAUGAACGUCGAGUAACUUCUACCUUCUGCUCGUUCGGCGAACCUAAACGAAUCGUAUCGUCGCGAAAAAAGUAAAUUUCCAACACGACUUACACGCUGUAUUCAAGAUUGUUUAUUUUCCUUUGACUGUGUCGACUUGUUCUGUUACAAUCGAGAGAGCGUGUGAGAUCGAGUCCGAUCGCGCGACUUGCAUCCUUUUUGACAAAUUUCGUGCCAUAUUUUGACGUUAUGCGGUAUUGAACAGCGUGUGAAAAGAUACUAAAGCAGCGGACGCUGUUUGUAGGUUAGAAAGAUACAUGCGUGCUGUUGUCAAUCGCGGCAACGGCAAUUCGCCCAAGUAAUCUUUAAUGCAAACCCUAUGCAUUGGCUUCAAGCAACCAAUAUACGCGAAGAAAUGCCGUUAAGCCAAAUAAAUCAAAGUAAUUUCGUUAGUACCAGCGAGAGUGUGAAUCCUGGCACUGAGAUAGCGUCAACUUGUUAUACUCCUCCACCUUCGUAUCACAACAUUAAUUUACCUCUGGGUCACCCGUCAACUUUGACUAAUGAUUGCGGUGCACCUCCUUCCUAUGAAGAAGCCAUAGAUCCAAAUGCUCCUCCUCCAUCCUACGAUUCAUUGUUUGGUCGUAUGAGAGAAGCGCACAAAGUUUCAAAAGGAGUGUUUGACUUUUUGAAAAAUAUUAUCGUCUUACUUUUAGGCACUAUUGGAUGUACUAUUAUCUUAGGAGUGACAAUAGUAGUUCCAAUAUGUAUGAUGGUGAUUGGAGGACUUUAUCUUUAUGAUUGCCCACAAGGAGAAUAUAUUCCUGUUUAUUUAUUAGUGGGCGGUGGUUUUGGUGUUUUCAAACAGUUGUUACAUUUGUCAGCAAGGGUACGUCAACGUCAGGAAGAACGAGACGAAGAAAGGAUACGACAAUCUCCUACUCAAACGUUGAUUAAUUGUUUUAUGCUUGGCUGGUUUAUUAUAGGCUCAAUGUGGGUAUAUAAGGAAUACGAGCCAAAUUAUGAUCCAGCUCUUGGCAAAUAUUGUAACAAAACGUUGUAUUUAUUUGCCUUCUGGCUAAUCACAGCCGUUUACAUAUUCUUGGGGGUGAUAACCGCCGGCUUUUGCAGUAUUUCGGUAGCAAGCAUCGCGUUUCAAAGACCACCGCCCGAUCUAAUGGAAGAAACAGAGUCGUUCAAAAAUCUAUUAUUUUGGGAACAAAAACGACAAGUGUUGCGAAAUGAAAAACUAAAAUUUUUUGUGAAUAUACAAAAAUUAUGUCGUAACAGGGCACAAAAAUUCGUCCACGCUUUACGUACCUGA